CCCAGCUGCCGCCAUGCAGCUGCCACCCUAGUGAGGGUGAAGGAGCAGGAGACUCCGCCGCACCUCCAGGCUCAGGCUGCCUGGCCGGAUCUGGUCUGUGGGCCCUACGGGCUGGUGGAAGCCAUCAGGAGGAGGAGGGGAUGCAGCCGCCAGGCCUCACCCCUGCGAGUUGAGUUGUAUUUCUGAAAGCUUGGGUAUACAGUUGGUGCUGGGAGCAUAUUUACAGUCCCAUGGUGGCUUAUAAAUCUCUAGGCCUUGGUGACAGUGCCGGCUUUCAGAUGUUAAUUAUCUUGAUCUUCCUGGCUCUGUAGAAGAAUGGCAGGCAGGGGUUGCUGCCUAAGCCUGCUUGCUCCUGAGGGUUCUGGAUCCUACUUGGCACAGCACGUCAGGUCUUCCAGGACGCUGCUCAUGGGCCGAAGCACCUCCUCCUCCUCCUCUGUGUUCCCAUCCAUCUCCUAUGUGGGGUGGUCAGAGGGGCCCUCAGCAACCCAACAAGGAAGGCCACAGACUGGUGGAAAAGCAGAGCCAGCCACCACCUGCCAAGUCGUGAUGAGGUCGACCUGCAUGGUCUCCGGGGUUUGCACAUGCCUGUGCCUGCUGCCUAGAGCUCGGCCUUCCACCGCAGUUCCCAUAGCGUCUCCUUCAGCUCCCCGUAGCCUCACCUCCUGCUCCCAGAUCUUCUCCUGCUGCUCCAGCAUCUUGUGCACCUGUUCCUGCAUCUUGUGCCACUGCUCACGGAUUUUGUGCUCCUCUUCCCGGAUCUUCUCCUGCUGCUCCAGUGUCUUAUGCUCCUGCUGCUCCAGCAUCUUGUGCACCUGCUCACGGAUUUUCUGCUCCUGUUCCCGGAUCUUCCUCCUGCUGCUCCAGCAUCUUGUGCACCUGUUCCUGCAUCUUGUGCCACUGCUUACAGAUUUUGUGCUUCUGUUCCCAGAUCUUCUGCUGCUGCUCCAGAAUCUUGUACUGCUGCUCCUGGUACAAGCACCUCCAGCAUUUAUUUUUAUCCAGCUGGCUUUGGAGUUCUCCUGCUACUCUCUCCACAUCCUGCCUCAGGUGUGUGGCCUCCUCCUGUAG